CCACUGUCUCCUACGAAAACCAUUUCUUAUAAAUAGUAACUGAGAGCGACUGCAACCAGACAUAUAUUGUUUUACCUCUUCAUUAUUCAUAAAACCGCACUGUCGCACAAUUUUAGCGAAACAUGCUCUAGUGAGCGAAUUAAUAGCCAUCCCAGUAGGAAAUUCUCUUUGAAAAAUUAUUUCACGAAAAGUACUAUCCAACCAUAAUACGUCUAAAGCAUUAUGUUCCACGAGUAAAUCGAAGAUAUUAUCGCUUAACAAUUUUAUUAGUUCCGUCGGAACGUGUGCUAAAAUUUGUCUAGCUGUUAGCUCCUCGUUUUGAAAAUCGUCAAAUACUUUUUUCAUGAAUAUCGUCGCGCUGAGCCCAAAUAAUGACGAUAUAUCAUCAAAAUUCAUUGUACCUUUUUAUUCAUUUUUUUUUCUUUCUAUUACAUGUAAAUAAAGGGAAAUGAAGGCAAUGGUAAAAGAGAUAUGGUAGAGAAUCUAUUGCACAAUGACGAUGCUGCCCAAAGUGUAUUAGAAAUGGGAUAUUGUCCACGUAUAGUAAAACACGCAAUUGCCCGAAUACUAGAAUUAAAAGACCAACCACAAUUAACGGCAAAAAGACUGAUGGAAGAAAUAUUCAUUAUUGAAGAAGAAGAAGAAGAACAAAACUCAAAUGGUAUUAUCGCACAAACACAAGAUCGGGACGAUACCGAACAAUUAACUCGUAAAUCAAACCUCUCGGACUUUACAGCAGCGGGCCAAGUCUCGGAACGAAAAAGGCUUAAAGACGAAAAUACAAAGUUGAAACAACAGUUUCUUUGCGUUAAAUGCAAAGAUCUUGAGUCGUGCAUUGUUUUUUUACCAUGCGGUCAUUUGGUAACUUGCGAAGGUUGUUCAUCAUCUUUUAGAUAUUGUUGUAUAUCAACUUGCAGAAAAUACAUUAAAGGGACGGUAAAAUCAUACACGGCGUGAAGAAAACUGAUCUAAUCAGCAUCAGAAAACUUAGAACUUGUCUCCAAAAAAUAAUAUUUCUAUAUAAACCUUUGUCAGUGCUAUAUAGUCGGUGGUUCUUAUUACAGAAAAAAAAAACCAACAUUACCAACUUAUCCAAAAAACAACAACAAUGGAACUAGUUGAUACGUUUGAUAAUUUACAUAUCGGAGUCGAUGCGGAUAAGGACGGUGAUACUAGUCUUCACGUUGCAAUAAUAUGCUAUAUGAACGACUAUGCUAUGGCACUCAUCGACAUCGAUGAAGGCUGGUUGAAUAUUCAAAACUGUCUUCUUCAGACUCCGUUGCACCUCGCCGUACUAACUGGUCAGAUUGAUAUAGUUCGAGCUUUACUGACUAAUGGAGCUAAUGCGACUCUUCGCGACCACAAGGGAGAAACGCCUCUACAUAUCGCGUGUGAGAAAGGGGACAGGGAUUCAGUAGCCGCUCUUGUUCGGUCUAUCCGUACCGAAGCGGCUCGUAAAGAAUACUUUUCGAUCCGAAACUGCGAAGGGUUAACGUGCGUUCAUGUGGCGUCAAAGCAAAGGGAAUUCAUCAUUUUAGGUCAUUUGUUUUGCAAAGGCGCCGACGUCAACAUCGGCGACGGUAAAAGCGGAAGAACGGUGUUACAUUACGCCGUGGAGAAAAAUGAUAUAGAAAUGGUUUCUUUAUUACUCACGCAUCCAAACAUUGAAGUAGAUCGUAAGACAUACGAAGGCGAAUCACCGCUUUAUUUGGCGUUCUGGAGAAACCACCGGAGGAUCCGAAACAAGUUAAUAAAGAAAGGCGCGUACUUCGACUAUGGAUAUUUCGAGGAAGGUGUCGAAUGA